CUCCCUUAAGGUAUUUCCCCCAGGCCAGAUGAGAUGCACCUGCAGCAAGGCGCAACAAGGUUCCACUGCUCAGCAGAGCUUCAGCUGUGUGGGACAAACUGGUGUGUACUUGGUUUAAUUAAGUCGCUUGCAGUUGGAGUUCAGAUAGAACAGAGAUCCUGGGUCCACUACGUAAAAGCCCUGCAGCAGAGCAGAUGGACCAGCUAUCCAACCGGUCAGGAGUGGGCAGCGAUGAUAUUACAGAUGAGUCAACAUCCAUGGUGGAUGUCAGGUGGAGCUCUGAUGAAGACGAGAGCUCUGACCCCCAGGGACAGUGUCUGGCAGCCCCUCAAACUCCUCUGCCAACAUACAAACAGAGGUUUGAUGAAUUUAAGAAGUUAUUCAAAGAACUGCCAGAGUCAGAGAGACUCAUAAUAGACUACCCGUGUGCCCUCCAGCGGGACAUCCUCCUUCAGGGACGUCUCUUCCUGUCAGAGAACUGGCUCUGUUUCUACAGCAAUGUGUUUCGGGGUACGAAGAUUAUACUGACUCUUAAAGAAAUCACAACUAUGACCAGAGAGAAAACAGCUCGGCUGAUUCCCAAUGCCAUCCAGGUCUGCACGAGCACGGAGAAGUUCUUCUUCACUUCCUUCUCAGCAAGAGAGAAAAGUUACCUGAGUGUUUUUCGCAUGUGGCAAAACACACUGUUGGACAAGGUUUAA